AUGAACGUGAACGACCUGGAGGUGGUGCUGGGGAUCCUCAAAUCCGCAGGGUUCAACGUGGCGCGCGCUGAUAGGCCGGAGGAGGCGCGGGUGAUUCUGGUGAACACGUGUGCGAUCAGGGAGAACGCAGAGGCGAAGGUGUGGCAUCGGCUGAACUAUUUCAAGCAUGUGGCAGUGCUGGGGUGCAUGGCAGAGCGGCUGAAGGAGCAGCUAGUGGCGGCGGAUAAGAUGGUGGACGUGGUGUGUGGGCCUGACGCAUACAGAGACCUGCCACGUUUAUUGGAUGAGGUAGACGCGGGUCAACCGGGAGUCAACACGCUCCUCUCUCUCGACGAAACCUACGCUGAUGUGUCACCCGUUCGCCUCGCCUCCAAUUCCGUCAGCGCGUUUGUGACUAUAAUGAGGGGCUGCGACAACAUGUGCUCCUACUGCAUCGUGCCUUUCACGAGGGGCAGGGAGCGGUCCCGGCCAAUCAGGAGCAUCCUUGGGGAGAUUGAGGAGCUUGCCGGGCAGGGCGUGAAGGAAAUUUAUCUUCUCGGGCAGAAUGUUAAUAGCUACCGAGACACCUCAGAGAUCAAUACGGUUGAUUCAGUCACUGCCACUGUUUCUCCUUCUUCCCCCGCCUCCUCCUCCCUAUCCCAACCGCACUUAACCCCUGGCUUUUCCACAAUCUACAAAUCCAAGCUGGGAGGGAUCCGAUUCGCCACCCUCCUGGACGAAGCUUCCCGGAACUUUCCCGACAUCCGCUUCCGCUUCACCUCCCCUCACCCCAAGGAUUUCCCCGAGGAGCUUCUUUCGCUCAUGGCUGCCCGGGGCAACGUGUGCAAAAGUUUGCACCUGCCCGCGCAGAGCGGCAGCAGCAGUGUGCUGGGGAGGAUGCGCAGGGGGUAUUCGAGGGAGGCAUAUCUGCAGCUGGUGGAUCGAGUGAGGAGCAUUUUGCCUGACGUGGCUAUUAGCAGCGACUUUAUCACUGAGGAGGAGCAUCAGGAGACCCUCUCUCUCAUGCGCGCAGUGCAAUACGACAUGGCCUACAUGUUCGCCUACUCGCUGCGCCCGCGCACGCACGCACACCGGCGGCUGGAGGAUGAUGUACCGGAGGAGGUGAAGCAGCAGCGGCUGAGUGAACUCGUCUCUACGUUUCGGGAGACCACUGUUGCCAGAUACGAGGCUCAGGUAAGGCGCUGGCAGUGUCCUUACCGCAUACACAAUGCCUACGCGCUGCGCCCGCGCACCCACGCGCACCGGCGGCUGGAGGAUGACGUACCGGAGGAGGUGAAGCAGCGGCGGCUGAGUGAAGUGGUUUCCACGUUUCGAGAGACCACUGCUGCCAGAUACGAGGCUCAGGCCUUCGCUGACCUUAUCGGCACACCCCGUCCAGCCGCGACGUUCCUGCUAGCGAGCUUCGCUUUCGUGCCGAUCGCAUGGAUUCACAGAUUCAUAUCCUCGCCUACACUCCGCCAUGUGUAUUGCACAGUAACGGGACUUCUCUUAUCGGCGUUCGUGUUCGGAUACAUGGCGUACGCGCACUUCUUCGUGUGCAUUCUUUACUCCAUGGCCGUAAUGCGCCUCAUGUGCAUUUCUCACGUGGAUUUUUCCUCAUUCGAUGCGAUUCGUCUUUUGAGUGGACUCCAUUCUGAUGCGGCCACCGUUCAGCAUCUGCAUUUCUCACGCUCAAAACUUCCGUUUCCCACGUUCAUCCCGUCGUUCGAUGCAAUUUCAAUUAACCGCCUCCCGCCACAUCGUCAUGCGGACCCACGAGACCCGCACGGAGGGCGUGCUCAACUGCACAGGCUCUUUGAGACCCACAUCGUCAUGCGGACCCACGAGACCCGCACGGAGGGCGUGCUCGACUGCACAGGCGCGCUCACCGUCCUCGCUACAAAGCUCACCGCUGUCGCGUAUAACUACCAGGACGGGCUCACGCUGCUCAAGGAAAAGGACUCGGGUGCAAAAGCCAAGGACGAGAAGGAGAUGAAGGAGCUAUCCGAGGAGCAGAGGCGGCGGGAGGAGCGGAUGGAGCGCUCGCGACUGGAGCGGCGAAAGGCGGCGCUGGUUACCAUGCCGUCGGUGCUGGUGCUGAUGGGGUACCUGUUCUGCUUCGGGCUGCACAUGACAGGCCCGUUCUUUGAGUUCAAGGCGUACGACGACUGGACCCGCCGCCAAGGGGUCGCAAGCAGCCGGCCAUCCUCCCACCGUUCCUCCGCGCAUUCGUUCAGGGCAUCCUCGCAGCAAUUGCCUCCCUCUUCUCUCUGUUUCCCUUUCCCCUCUCCUCACUACCACCUGCAGAUCUGGUCCCCGGGUCUCAAGCAGCCAUCCACCAUCCCGCCGUUCUUCCGCGCGUCCAUCCAUCAUCGCCUCCCUCUUCUCUCCGCCCCCAUCCACCCCCUUCCUCGCCACCUGCAGAUCUGGUCCCCGGGUCUCAAGCAGCCAUCCACCAUCCCGCCGUUCCUCCGCGCAUUCGUUCAGGGCAUCCUCGCAGCAAUUGCCUCCCUCUUCUCUCUGUUCCCAUCCCACCGUUCUUCCGCGCAUUCACCCAUCGCCUCCCCUUUUGUGCGUUCCCACCCAACCCCCUCCAUCCCUCCCCUGCAGAUCUGGUCCCCCGGUCUCAAGCAGCCAUCCAUCAUCCCACCAUUCUUCCGCGCCUUCAUCCAGGGCAUCCUCGCAGCGGUCGUCUUCCUGCUCGUGUCGCCCUCGCUCGACCUCACGCGCAUCAGCGACCGCCGCAAGAACCUCUCCUACCCCUUCCACCUGCGCUGGCUCUUCGCGCACCAGGCGAGCAUCGUGUGGCGCUUCCGCGCGUACAUUCUCUGGAGCAUCACCGAGGCUGCUAUGGUUGUCGGAGGGGAGGGGAAGGCGCUGUGGAACCGGGCGCGCAACGCGGACAUUCUGGGGUUUGAGUUCCCCAAGAGCUGCCUUGACUUCGCCACCACGUGGAACAUCUCCUACGGGCUCUGGCUGCGACUGUGUGAGUCUUGA